CAAACAAUGGAAAUGGAAUAUGAUACGGUUAUAGCUUAAUGACCUUAGGUUAACCUCACACGCGUGUGUAUACAUGUGAAUGUACAUGAUGUAAAGUGGGAUCCUACUGAUUAAGGGUUAUUCCCCACAGAAAGAGUCAUAAAAUUUACCGAAAACAACUGUUAUCGCUUGUAAAUGUUUAUCAUUACUAUUUAUACACAUGGUUUUAUGGAAAACCUUCGAGACGGUGGAUUCCAUUUCAAAACCGAAAGUAGAAAUUCGAUAUUUCGUUGAAUAACAUAUUUGAAAUUUUUUGAAGCCGAUUAUCGUUUCACAAAUACCCAUUAUCGAAAAACGUCAAAAAUGGGAGCACACUUUGCAAAAAUCGAUCAAACGUUUCUCACGGCAUGUCAGAGUCAAUUAUGUCAACUAGAUGAAUUGUUGCUUGGUCACGUUCUUUCUGUCGAUGCGCUGCAAGAUACAUUUUCCCAACUUCUACACCAACUAAACGAACUUAACACAGAGAGUAAUGAUGGAAAUCACUUGCAUUCAAAGCAAAAGCUGGGAACCAGUAUAGAGCUGACAAAGAAAAUCUUAUCAAAUAUACAGAAUGCGUUUGGCCACAACACGACAUCUUUAUUACAAGGAAUAAGUCAGUUUGCUAGAAUUAUCAAAACGAACUCCACUAAAGCUAACCCUAUAACAAAAACUGUCGCGAGAUUAAAUGAGCUGAAAAUUGACGCUUUUUUGUCACGAAAAAACCCUGAAUUAUCUGAUGUAUCUAAGCCAGACGAAAAAACAAAUGGUCAACAUAAUGAUCGCGCCCAGACGGAAAAAAUGAAAAAGGAAUCUGAACAUGACAUCGCAAAACUGAAAGAAGAGAAGAACAAGAUUUCAAAGGAUUUGCAAAAAAUUAAUGAUGAUAAUGAAGCAAAUAAAAAGAUAAUCGAGGAAUGUAAAGAAAUUAUGACUAAGUUACGGGAGGAAAAUGAUCAAUUACUAAAAGACAAAGAAGACAUGAAAAACAAAAUUACCAAACUGGAACGAGACAGUGUUCAAAUAGCGCCAGUUCAGCUCUUCUGUCAGAAGAGGAAUGACCAGGUUGGGUUUGUCAUACAGGAAAUCGUGGCACAACUUAACGCAAAAGGAAAGUUUGGCGCUAAAAAGCUGGCCUUCAUAACAUGCGAGAACUCGACUGAUAUUCUGCCGGCCUUGCCGCUUCUAGUCCUUUGCAUCAAUGCAUCUAGAAUAGGAACAGACGCAGCUAAAUCUAUAGAGGGAAUUACAAAGCCACAAAACAGCGCAUUGAUUGUUCUUCACUACAAAGAUGAGCACGCACUUCCUGAGCAGAGUAGUGACCGGGUGCUGGGCGAACCGGAGUUCAAAUCCUUGGCCGGCAUCUUUGACAUCGGUUUUCAGUCUGGUAAAGGGAUAUACAAUUGUGAUAGAAACACGAAUGCAGUCACAGGCCUGGUGCAAUUUAUACAACAGAUUUUGGAAGAAAAUCCACUGAAAGUUCAUGUUCAAUAAUAACGUUUCCUAAAAAUGUUGAAGAGAGUUCUUAGUUUUAUUAAUAAUGUUCAAAUUGACAACAGAUACUUAAUAAAUUCUGUUUAACUUAUCAACAAGGAAACAAUAAGACAGUUGCGACAAUCGUAUUCCUUCAUUACAUUAUCUUAUCAGAUACAUGAGUAUGCUAUUGUUAGAUAUAAACUAUAAACAUGUCAUCGGAUAAAGGGAGACAACCAUAUUUGAAUUGGACUAUAUGUUUAUUAAAUGCAUUUUCGUUUUCUUUAAAAAUAUAUGCGCAGUUUGAUAUGUAAAUGCUUAAACAUUAAAAUAUAUCACAAUACAUUUGAUAAAUCGUAGCAUUUUAAUUACAGGUCUACCGUUAAAAGAUUUUUUCUGUGGCUACACUAUUAAUAAUGUUAAGCAAAUAAAGAUGAAAAUAAGAUAAUGUAAAGCUUUUAUACAUACCUUAUAUAAAAACAAAACUUUAAAUACCCAAUUAUAUGAUAUUAAUUUUUAGUGACACUAGCUAGAAAAGGUGUGUGGCGACUGUCAACUAUAGAAUAGUUAUUUGAUAUAAAGUGAGGAAAACAUAUGUAAAUAAAUUAUUUCAAACAUCAAUAA